AUGGCGACGAUUGAGCUUCUGGUCACUGACGUGAGAUAUUUGAAACAAAUCAAAACUCGACUCGAGCAGGAAAACGCUUUCGUCAAGCCAAUCGCGAGCGAAAACGGUCACAAAGUGGUUAAAACACGAUUGGCCAAGAAUGAUGAGGUCGUAGAAGAGCUUCUGUCUCAGUACGGUGACGCACUGUGUGUGAGACUGAGCAAUGAAGCUGGGGAUACUGGUGAAAAACAGAAGGACCGUUUGUCACGGUUUGCACAGAUCUUUUUGCAGAAUAAUGGGACGCCUACAGAGGAAAUAGCUGUGCUGUUGGAACAUCUGCCUUUGCGUUACUCGCUGUACGAGCCCGUAGUUCUGUUUAACAACUCAGUAGAACGCACUUUUCUACAUGAAAGCUGGAAAAUGGCACUAUCGAAGUCCGCAAACGCUGGCUUUAUGAGACAAAUGCUGGGCGAGCUCUUCCCGCAAUACACACAUGUCGCUACCAACCAACCCAUUGUGGACUAUGACGAGAUGCGUCGCCCAUUCCAUAUCGUUUCGCUCGAGGGUACGCUUUUUGAAGGUGUGAUUCGGCCACAAGUACAAAACCAGCCCAGCAAACAAGACUUCGACGCGUCCGUGUGGUGCCAUGUAGUACAGAACGGCAUCCACCAGGUGUGGUCACCCGUGUUCACCAUGUUCAGUCGUGGCAAUAUCAAGGAGAAGAAACGUAUUUUGGACCCCACGGCUUACAUAGACGUCGAGGGAAACGACGCUGUGGACCUUUACGCGGGAAUCGGCUACUUUACGCUCAGCUACCUGAAACGCGAGGCGCGUCGCGUGUUCUGUUUUGAGCUUAACCCUUGGAGCACAGAGGGCUUACAGCGCGGUGUGGUCCUCAACCAGUUCCAAGGCCAAUGUCACGUAUUCCAGGAGUCCAACGAGCACUGUCUCGAGCGGCUGGCGAAUUUUCAAAACCUGCGUGUCCGUCACAUCAAUCUCGGGUUGCUCCCCAGCAGCCUGCAAGGAUACCCAUGGGCGCUAGAAAUUGCACAAAAAUAUGGCGCGAUGCCCGUUACCACCCUACAUGUUCACGAAAACAUACAUAUUAACGACAUUACCAGUGGCCAAUUUGUUCGAGACACACUCAACGCGUUACAUGGCAUAAAGCCCGAAUUCCUGUAUGUUUUAGCUCACCUCGAAAAGGUCAAGACUUUCGCACCAGAUGUGUGGCACUGUGUGCUGGAUAUUGACGUAACGUGGAAAACCUAG